AGGCCUUUCGUCCCCUUCGGGGUGACAUACGAAAAAUUUGGAACGAUACAGAGAAGAUUAGCAUGGCCCCUGCACAAGGAUGACACGCUUUUCCGGAGUGGUAGACCUACGGGUCUCAAUAUUUAUGCACCUUUUUGCUCUGAUCCCCUUCCGCAAGCGAACACUCAUGAUUCGCACCAGCGUCGUGAGCGAACAUAA